AUGGCGGCCGAUCCGAUCAAUGCGGCCAAUGGAGGCAACCACGAUGAGCCUCCAGUAAAAAGACAGAAGCUUGACGAUGCGAACCCAACCGAGGGUACGACGGCAAAAGAUCAACCCGCGGUUGAACGACGGCGGGGUAUAGCACCUAUCAAAGCAGAGUUUCUGAUUACCUCGAAUAAUGGCAGUCAACCAGCGCCCAAAACCUCAACUCAGGACGAUGACAUGGCCGAGGGCGCUGCCCAUGUGGAAAAGCAGCAGGGCGAGGGGAAACAGAAGCGCAGAGGCCAAAACACUGGACGGAAAUUCGGAAAGUCGAAGGACGAGAAGGGCCUCUGUGCGUCGAGGAGUUUAUACCCUGAAUUUUCUCCAGCUGAAUGCCCGUUCGGGCCCAAGUGCAAAUUCGAGCACGAUCUGCGAGCCUACUUGACCAAGCAUAAACGCGAAGACUUGAAGACCUUCGACGGCGUCUGUCCUGUCUGGGCUGUUCGUGGGACCUGUCCUUCAGGAUACAAAUGCCGCUUCGUUUCUUCCCACAUGACCGAGAGAGAAACCGACGAUGGCAGACGUGAGUUGGUGCUCGUCGAAGAUGAGAAUCGCAAACAAAAGUGGUCUUCUAUGCCCUUUGCCAACGAGGAUGGAACAGUUAAUAUCGUAUCCACGGCAGAUAAGGAUUCCUUGAGAAGAAGACAAGUCAACACGCCUAAGGCUGAUGCGUUUGUCGCUUGGUUCGAACAGACUGGAAAGGAGUUGGACAAGUAUGUCCAUGGAGGGCGUGACCGCGAAGCGGAGGCUUCCUCAGAAACUCUAGAAUCAGACGCUCAGCAGGAAAAAGAGGACAACCGGGCCCGAUAUACAGAACCCCCAUUCCUGCCUUCAGAAAAAAGGAGAAUUUAUUUUGGUCCAGAAACCCCUGCAUUGGCACCUUUAACCACGCAAGGAAACCUGCCUUUCCGCAGGCUUUGUACGGACUUGGGCGCUCAGUUUACAUAUUCCGAGAUGGCAAUGGGCAUGCCGCUGAUCCAAGGAGCAAAACCAGAAUGGGCGCUCAUGAAAGCCCACCAGUCAGAACUGGCUCCACCGACAAUUUCAUCCAAAGCAAAUAUUGUCCAGGACUACGAUAAUGCCCGUGAUUUCAAGUUUGGGGCUCAAAUUGCAGCCAACAAGCCGUACCAGGCCUUGAAAGCCACGGAAGUAUUGACUGCUCUCACUCCACAUCUGCGAGUAAUUGAUCUCAACUGCGGAUGUCCCAUUGAUCUAGUUUACAGGGAAGGUUCCGGAUCUGCGCUUCUUGACAAUCCAAGUAAACUAGAGAAGAUCCUACGGGGUAUGAAUGCAGUGUCUGGAGAGAUACCCAUUACAGUCAAAAUCCGCAUGGGUACCAGAGAUGGCCAACCGACUGCUCUAAAGCUCGUUGAACGACUUACUGUGGGUGGCGCAGACUCUCAAACCAUGGGAAUUGGGCCCCCAGGUAUUGCUGCAAUCACCCUUCAUGGUCGCAGUAGACAACAGCGGUACUCCAGGAGUGCAGACUGGGGGUACAUCUCAGAGUGCGCAGCACUCGUCAAGAGACUCCAAGCGAAAUCAGACGAUUUAUCUGAUACUGUCAGAGAAUCUGAGGAGAGAUUGCAACCCAAUGGUGGCAAAAUCUACUUUCUGGGCAAUGGCGACUGUUAUUCCUAUGAAGACUACAAUGACAACAUUCAAAAUGCCAACGUUGAUAGCAUCAUGAUCGGACGUGGCGCAUUGAUCAAGCCGUGGCUAUUUGAGGAAAUCCAGGCCGGUCAGUAUCUUGACAAAUCGGCCUCAGAACGUUUAGCGCUCGUCGAGAAAUUUGCCAGAUAUGGAAUGGACGCGUGGGGUUCUGACGAGCAUGGCUUGGGAACAACCAGACGCUUCCUCCUAGAAUGGCUGAGUUUUACCUAUCGCUAUGUUCCUGUUGGCAUGUUGGAGUAUCUCCCCCCGCGCAUCCAAGAUCGCCCCCCUGCGUUUAGAUGCAGAAAUGAGCUCGAGACACUCCUUGCGAGCGACAACUACAAAGAUUGGAUUAAAAUCACGGAGAUGUUCCUCGGACCUGCCCACCAAAACUUUAAGUUCGAGCCCAAACAUAAAAAUCUCAAUUGGGAGGCCGCGACUUCCGGGCCUGACGGCGAGCAACUCGCGGAGCGAAUACGUGCAUUCAUCCACGACAAAUUCCAGCAAGUGCCUCUUCCACGGUUCAUUCGCUCAGUGAAUGUCCACUCGUUCGAAUUUGGAAGUAUCGCGCCGGAGCUUGAGAUUAAAGAUAUUUGCGACCCCUUUGUUGAUUUUUAUGAGGAAGAUGACAGCGAAGAUGAUGAGGAUGAAGAUGAGGAUGAGGAUGAGUAUGACGAGGCCAACGAUAAUGCCCAUGACAACGCAUCGCACCAUUUUUCAAUACGAGCCACUACUGCAAAUAAUAAUGGAGGGAUAAACAGAUAUGGGAGUGGCGAGCAGAAUCAUACGAAUCAGGAUCAUUUACGGACUACGCAAUGGGUGACAGGUCAAGAUGGCCACCAGUCGUCACCGAUGCGCACCCCAAUUGGGUUGGGGGAUCAUUUGAAUGCGCAAUUCAGGUCUUCAACGCCGACCAUUCUUCCGGGAGUUACAUCGAACUUGGGGUAUCAUCUAAUGCUCGGAAAUUUGUCUGGUACCCAGACGCCGCUGGCCGCUGCUGUUGCAGGUGGGACACCGUUCGCAGCAGGCUGGUCUGAUGCCGCGGUGAAUGGUAGAAGCCGUACAACUGGAGCAACUGCUGACCGUCAUGAUGAUGAUAAUGAUUCCUAUGUGCAUCGGCGACAACCCGAAAAUAAUAUCGACAAUACCUCGCCGUCUCGGCCGUCAACGGCAAACACGCAUCCAACACAUUUGUCACAUGGGCGCAGUGCAGCUGGUAGUUCAUCGAAUAAUACCAGCAACGACCCAACUGUCAUAUAUAAUGAGCACGCAUCUUCAGCAGCAACAACAAAAGCCCACACACUCAAAGACGGCGAACAGACGCGAGAUAAGCAAUCAUCCACUAUAAUGACAGAUUCGCAUGAAGAAUCGGCACCGCACAUGCGCGAGCGUCGCCCGGAAGAUUUCCAGGUAAUCUGCCGUGUGAAAUACUCCGGAGACGUGAAGCUUUCCUUGACAGCAGAAAUCUUACUUGACUAUCCGAUGCCGAGCUUUGUCGGGCUUCCAUUGAAACUCAAUAUUACCGGUAUCACCUUCGAUGGUGUUGCGGUGGUAGCGUAUAUCCGUCGCAGAGCCCAUGUAUGCUUCUUAUCCCCUGAGGAUGCAGAUGCACUCGUGGGCGAGGAUGAGAAUGACGAAGAUCACAGGUAUCAUCGCCAACAGAAUCACCCAUACACGACUGGCAGUGUCGAUGCCACCUCUACAGAGCAUAAUAAUACUAGUAUUCACAAUAAUAAUCAUGGCAACAAACAUCCCGAAAUCCCGCCACCACAACCAAAACGACGUUUCAGCAGUCUCCUACAACAGAUACGUGUUGAUAGCGAGAUUGGCCGCAAAGAGAAUGGGAAACAAGCCCUCAAGAAUGUGGGCAAAGUCGAACGUUUCGUGCUUGAUCAGCUGCGCAAGACCAAGUGUGGCUUGCCCCAGCCAUGUGCAGCAUGCGUGGCACUGGGCGUAAAGUGUACAUUUCUCAAUCCACAGAAGAAGAGAGGCCCGGCAGGACACCGUCUAUCGCAAAUCCGAAAACAACAGAACCAGACGAGAAGUCUGGUCGGCGAUUGUAGCAGUACUAGUAGUAUAUCUUCUGGUCCGGUGCCGCCGAGGCAUGUUACCGAGAAUGUUUCUGAUUUCCAGCUAUCGCCAAUGACGAACGCAGAGCUCAUGACUCAAAUGGAGAUGCCACAAUUUGCACAGCAACUAGGGCAAUUGGAUGAUAUGCAAGUCGGAUCCAGGACAUUGUCUGACCGAAGAGACAGUCCAGCGUGGGCUGAAACUCCCGAUCUUGAGUAUUGGCUUCCAGAUAGCUUCGCUUCUCAGACUCCGUCAUUUGGCUUCUCUGGAAGUAACAUAUUUGUCAAAACUGCGCUUCCUCCUAUUAUUGAUCCUCAAACCAGCCAGCCCGCUUCCAAUGUGCAGUCGGGAAGCUCCCCGAAUAUACCCCCCAUACCGGAAGUACCUUUGGCCUCUCCCUCCUAUCAGCAAGCCCACAACUUUUGGCCAUCUUUUAUUAGUGAAACGAGUCUCAUUCCUUGGAUUGACGUUUAUUUCGAUCGCUUGCACCCAACGUUACCUGUGUUUAACAGAUCCUCAUUGUUCAUCAAAAUAAUACUACAGGAACAUCGAAAUAAUCCGCAAUUUGGUGCCAUGGUUUUGUCUCUCUGCGCCUUUUCUCUUACGCAACCGAUUGAUAUCAGCGAGCGACCGACUUCAUCCUCGAGAGCCGAUCAAGCACGGAUUAUGAUGGAUGAAGCCACAAAGAUGCGCAGCUCAUCGGAUUUUGGUGAGAAUCCUACCUUGGAAGCGGUUCUAACUAGCUUUUUUCUUUUUGGAUGUUUGUUUGGAAGUAAUCAGCACAAUGCAGCGCGACUCCGUUUGCGGGAAGCUCUAGAUCUGGCCUCUACGUUGGGGUUGAAUGAUCCGAGUACGUACGUGGACUUUUCCAGCGAGGAGAAAGAACAGUGGCUACGAACGUAUCUGGUUCUAUCUGUGACGGAGAGAGCAUAUGCCCUCCAGCGACGACACUCCAUUACUUUUACUGGCAGGCCAAAAUAUACCAUGCGCGCCACUGAUGACUUCCUCUACAAUGCCACGCAUAGCCUUAUAUCCGGAAUUAUUGUUCAUAAUGAGAAAGAUGCAGCCGGAAUGAUGGGCCUUGCUCUUCUGAUGGAAAUCUUCGACGCCAUCGACGAAGAAAUCCUCAUUUGUUGGAAUUCCCGCUGUGAUGCCAGCAAUGGGAAGUGUCACGUACUUUCCGAAAGCAAAGUUCUGAGCAUUUACCGCAAUCUCGCUCGGGUGAGCGAUUCGAGUCGAUAUACCAGCAAUGACUGGUUUGACCCAGAUCAUUCACACGCCACGGAUCUAGACAAUGCAACUAAAAUAUUGGGCAGCUUUCUUACUGAAACGCAAUGUGCUGAUGUGUUGAUUUCUCAGAAAUGGGUGCAGGAUCGACUAUGGAAUUUGUGUCUCAGUCAUGGUCUUCUCAAGCCACAAUCGGAACAUUCGGAACUUCGAUCUUCUUAUGCAUUUCACAAUGCUGAGAAGACUCUUGAGCUAUGUAAAACAUUACGAAUCAGUGCGAUGGAAGCUCAUGGGAUCGGCAUUAUUGAGAAGUUGUACAACAUUGCAACCAGCGCUGUGAUGGCACCAUACACCACGGGAAACAUUGGAGCCGACAUUGGAAUGUCUGACACAUUGAUGCAUCGAGAUGUCCUUGCGAGACAUUAUCUGAAACUGCUGGAAACUCUUCGUGGCGGCAAUCAUCCGUACACAGAGCAGUACAGAGCACAACUAAGGUCGAUGUAUAAUGGGGAUUUCUAA